CGCAUGCGGAAGCAGAAGGGAGUCGCACCGGUGAAUGCAGAAGCACUAUGGCUGACAAAGCGCAGAUACAGGAGGCGAUUAAAGUACAAGGAGAGGUGGUGCGAAAACUUAAAGCAGAAAAAGCCAACAAGGAACAGUGUUAGGGUCGCUCACCACUUUUCUCCUGUUCUUCCUGCCUGCUGCUGCUGUGGUUCCUCUAUAUUUCUUCUAUACUCGUCAUCGUCGUUAUCGGCAUCAUCUUGCUGUCCUGAUUGCUGGAUUUCGCGUUUUCUGGCCCUGACCUGCGGAUGGUGUUCGAUUCCUGAACUCUGGUGCGACGACUGUAUCUGUGUGUGUGCGUGUGUGCAUUUGGAAAAUGGCCACCCUCGGUUUGGCGUGUGUGCGUCUCUGCGCUGGACUGACUGGACGUCGGGCUUCACUGUGGCUCCGCCCCAUGCGCUGCCUUUCUGGGAUGACUGUAUCUCAGAUUGAUGAAGAAGUCGCCAAACUGUUAGAGCUGAAGGCUCGACUCGGAGGAGACGAUGGCAAACAAACGUUUGUUCUUAAGACAGCGAAGGGGACCAGGGACUACAACCCCAAACAGAUGGCCAUCAGAGAGAAAGUGUUCAACAUCAUCAUCAGCUGCUUUAAACGCCAUGGAGCUGAGACCAUCGACACCCCUGUCUUUGAGCUCAAGGAAACACUGACAGGGAAAUACGGCGAAGACUCCAAACUCAUCUACGACCUGAAGGACCAGGGUGGAGAACUGCUGUCUCUCAGAUACGACCUCACUGUACCGUUUGCUCGCUACUUGGCCAUGAACAAGAUUACGAACAUUAAACGCUAUCAUAUCGCCAAAGUGUACCGCAGAGACAACCCCGCCAUGACCCGGGGCCGCUACCGAGAGUUCUACCAGUGUGAUUUCGACAUCGCAGGGCAGUAUGACCCGAUGAUCCCUGACGCAGAGUGUUUGAAGAUCGUUUACGAGAUCCUGAGUGAACUGGACCUGGGCGAAUUCCGCAUUAAGGUGAAUGACCGGCGUAUUCUGGAUGGUAUGUUUGCGGUGUGCGGCGUUCCGGACGAGAAAUUCCGUACCAUCUGCUCGACGGUGGACAAACUGGACAAGUUGCCAUGGGAGGAUGUGAAGAAUGAGAUGGUGAAUGAAAAAGGCCUGUCUGAGAAUGUGGCAGAUCAGAUUGGGGAGUACGUCAGUAUGCAGGGUGGACUGGAUCUGGCAGAGAGGCUGCUGCAGGACCCGAAGCUUUCUCAGAACAAGCAGGCGUGUGCCGGCCUCACUGACAUGAAGCAGCUGUUCGGUUACCUGCAGCUCUUCCGGGUCACAGAUAAGGUAGUGUUUGAUCUGAGUCUGGCACGUGGCUUGGACUACUACACUGGUGUGAUCUACGAGGCUGUGCUGGGUCAGACGCUCCAGCCCCAGACGCCGGCGGUCUCUGAGCAGGACGGAGCCGUGCCUGGGGACGAGGCAGGUGUGAGCGUGGGCAGCGUGGCAGGUGGAGGGCGAUACGACGGACUGGUGGGCAUGUUCGACCCCAAGGGCCGCAAAGUCCCCUGUGUCGGCGUCAGCAUCGGCAUCGAGAGGAUCUUCUCUAUAAUGGAGCAGAAAGCCGAGCUGUCUGCUGAGAAAACCCGUACGACAGAAACGCAGGUCCUGGUGGCUUCAGCACAAAAGAACCUUCUGGAAGAGAGACUCAAACUGACAGCUGAGUUGUGGAACGCAGGAGUUAAGGCUGAGGUGCUGUAUAAGAAGAACCCCAAGCUGCUGACUCAGCUGCAGCACUGUGAAGAGACCGGCAUCCCUCUGGUAGCCAUAUUGGGGGAACAGGAGCUUAAAGACGGAGUCGUCAAACUGCGCAACGUAGGCACCCGAGAAGAGGUGGACGUGUCCAGGGCGGAACUGGUGGACGAAAUCAAGAAGCGGACAACGCAGUCAGAGUAAACAAUGACCACAGAGACGCACGUCUUUAUUUAUCAUGCGCCAAUACACCCUCAGAGGGACCGAGAGUCCCGUCGAACUCUUUUCCACACGUACCCACGAUGCAUUACUCUAACGUUUCUGUCCUUCUGUCCUCUGCCUGUAAUAAAUAAACCUGAUCGAGUCAAACACGCUGAAUAAAUGUGCUCUUGUUUUA